CACCUUUUACAUCAUGUCGCAGCCUGUUCUAUCUCUAGAUCUGCCACAACAUAUCAAGACCAAGCUACUGCAAAACGGAUACCGCACUGUCAGCGACUUUGGCGAGACCACACCAACAGACCUUCUCUCGUUUCUCACCAAGGCGGAGGUCCAGCAGCUUGACCAGGUCGCUAACUCCACAACCACAGUCACCACUGCAUGGGCUCUCUUUGAAAAGGUGGACACCCGGCUACACGUCCGCACGCACAGAUACGUCGAUGUGCUGCUUGGAAACAGCGGGCUGGCAUUGGGCACAGUGACCGAAGUGUUCGGCGCGCCUGGGUGCGGACAGCCUGACCUCUGCCUAGCAGCAUGCUUUGGGGCGCAACUGUCGCUGCAGGGAAUCCCAGGGAAAUCCAACGCAAUCUACAUUGAUACGACGGGGUCGUUUACACAGCGUGGUGCUACAGACACGCUAUCGCGAAUGGACGGCCGCUCUACAUUGAGCUUGGCUGGCAUACAUGUGCUCCGGACGUCCACACUAGCUGAGCUGAUAUCGCUGCUGGCGCAGAUCGACCAGGUCAUUGCCGAAAUCGGCGGUGUCGGGGUCAUGGCAAUUAAUAGUAUAAGCUGGCCGUUUCUGGCAGCGUUUCCAAACAACCUACUUCGGCGACAGCGGAUGCAGACCGAGGUGGCGCACAUGAUAUCGCACAUUGCAGACAGACAUAACGCAGCAGUGCUUGUGAUCAGCAAUGCAAAGGGCGCUGCCAAUAACAAUGCUCUUGUUGCUCAAGACGGCGACGCAUGGGCACGCAUAUCCGCAAAUCAAUUGUGCAUCCAGCGUUCGGGCGACAACUACCUGGCCAGACUGGUGAGUUCUGCCACAUGCCCAGCUAUGGAGCGGCAGAUCAAGGAUCCGAGGGACAGCGUGGCGUGCGAGUAGAGCGAACUGGCUAAUAUUAUAAAUUCUUGUUACAGGUAACAGAAAGAGAAUUGGAAACUC